CCCUUGCCCCUAAGGAAGGCCCAGGAGGAAUAAGGGGCGGGCGCUGGCAGGCGCGUCUGGAGCAUCUUCUGAGCAGCCGCCUCAGAGCACGACGGGAAAAUCCUUCCUCCCUCGGACAUGGCGCCCACCUGCCCGGCGGCAGUAGCCGGCUCCGGCGCCGCAGUUCGCGGGUCCGGGCGGAAAAGCGACGCAAGCUUCAGUCGCGGGGUGGAAGGAGGCGGCGGAGGCGGGGCCGGCGGCGGAGGCGGUGGCGGUGGCGCCGCCCGAGGGCCCGGGUGUGGAAUCUGAGGCGGCCCGGAGGCCGGGCCUGGCGGGCAGGGUGCAGCUGCUGGCUGGCCCUCGCCGGGGCGCCGCGGGCAUGGUGUCCCAGGUGCUGCAGCUGCUCCGGCAGGGCGUGUGGGCCGCGCUCACGGGGGGCUGGUACCACGACCCCGAGCAGAGCAAGUUCACCAACAGCUGCCACCUUUACCUGUGGCUGUUUCUACUGCUGCUGCCCCUGGCCCUGCACCUGGCUUUUCCUCCAAAUGCCAUCACUGUAUUUUUUUACUGCACUUCAGUGACUCUUUUCUUCACAAUAAUCAAGCUGGUCAGCUAUCGCCUACACCUCAUGUUUGAUAAAGGAGAAGUAAUCCAGCAAAGACCCUCCAGGAAGAAAGAAAAGUCAAGUAAAGACAAAGAGGCCAACAGUGAAUGCACAACUAACCAGAAAAUCCCAAGCAAUAACAGGCAGGUUCCCAGCGGCAAGAAGGAAGAGGCCACACGCGCCUUCCCCACACCUCCUCUCCGCUGCAGCUCCCGAGGGCAGAGCUUGAACUCCCAGCACUCUUCCGGACCUUUGGAGUUGACGGCCCAGGAAACAGUUGAGGAUCUCAAAGGUGUCAUUCUGUCAGAAGAGCAACCCAUGGCACCAGUGUCGUCUACCUCACCGGGUAUUAACACACAAAGCUUGCCUGCUUCUCAAGUGCAUGUGCAAGAAAUCACACCCAGGUCAGCAGUAUCUACGAAACCAGUUGCCACCAGAACACUCCUCAAUGGGAAAGAGAAGGAAAGAGAGAUCAAGGGGCAGCCCCCUUUCCGCCACAGAUCUGAAGGUGGCCUCGUGGAUAAAGGAACCCUGAAGAAGUUGCCACACCUAUCCUUAUCUCAGUAUGACUUGCUAGAAACAGAUGUUUCCUUCCAGCCGUGGGGGAGUGAGAAUUCAGUCCUGAUUCCAGAAUCGGUCAGUUGUGCUCAGGGCUCCACGAGGGAGCAAUUUCCAAGUAAGUCGCCUCAGGACAGCCUGAGCAGCAGCUGUCCUCAGUGUGAUACCAUUGUGGCCAAACCUGCGGAGGAGCUGCUGGACACUUCCUGUCAGGUGGACCUGCCGUUGAACCAGGAGCUGGACUACUCAGACAGUGAGGUUGCUGUGACUCUCAUUGAUACUUCUCAACCUGGGGACCCACUGAGUCUGCAUGAACCCAUUAAAAUUGUCAUUACUAUGAGCAGUACCCCAAACUCCAUGACAGACCUGGAAAGCUCCCUCCACCUAAAAGUGAUUGAUACUGAGAGGACUAGCGGGAAGUCUGAUGCUGAGCCAGCAACCCCAGGAGUAGCCAGCCCACCCAACACAGAGCAGGUCAGAAUUCCCGUGAUCACCCUCGAACUUUCUGAAGAUGCCCAAGGAGGUGUUACUAGUCCUGAAGGCAAGGCAAACGAAAGGACUCCAGAGACACUGCAGGUGGAAGCAUCAUCCAAUCAAUGUUCCGGUUACGGAUCCGGAGAGGGAGGGAGUCCUUCCCCAAGGCAUCCUUCGGAAGUAGUGCCCCCACUCACACCUGAUGAAGCCCCCCAGCCUGAGGGGGAAAAGGAACCCCAGGACAGUCUUGACCCAGCGUCUUGUAAGCCCAGCCAUGAAAAGAGACACGCCCGGGUGCUCAGUGUGGAUAGUGGGACAGAUGUCUUCUCGAGUAAAAGUUCUGCAGAAGUUACUAAUGAUAAAGAAAAAACAAUGCCAACAUCCAAGUCUGACCUAGAGGCCAAAGAAGGGCAAAUACCAAAUGAGUCCAACUUCCUGGAAUUUGUCUCUCUGUUAGAAUCGAUUAACACGUCCAAGGUGGUGGCAUCUAGUCAAACAAAUGUCUCAGUGGAGCCAAGGAAAGAAAGUGGGCCUCAGGGAGAUCAUUGCUCCCAGGAGAAAAAGGAGGAAAUCUUGGAAAGUGAAAAGCACAGUGCUCUCAAUUCCAAGCAAGGAAAACCAGAUUUACAAGAUCAAGAUCAUCGUUGCAGCAGCCCCAAGUUCACUCAGCCUGCCAGGACCACAGCCUUUUUCCAGGGCAAUAGACAAAGACAGAUAAUCUACCGAGUAACUUCUCAGCAAGAUAGCUCUGUCUUGCAAGUCAUCAGCGGCCCUGAAACAUCAGUGCAGGAAGAAAUGUCUGUGGAUGCCAUGCAUGUCUUCAUCGAUGAGCAUGGGGAAAUUCGAUCCUGCUAUCUGAAGUCUGGAAAUCAGAAAGAAGGCCCUUCCCAGCACCCACCAUUAAAUCAUGAACAUCUCUCUCAGACUCGAGAGAUGCAGAUCAGCUCUUCCAGCACCACCACUUCUGAGAGUCCAGAUCCAUCUUCCGGGGACCCUGCAGUCAGUGCUCUUCAACAACAGCUGCUGCUCAUGGUGGCUCGGAGGACCCAGUCAGAUACCCCUCGGCAUGUGAGUCAGGAUCUGGAAGACUCAUCAUGUUCUUCGACACAAGGAAAAUUUAAUCGAGAGCAGUUUUACAAAUUUAUCAUUUUCCCUGGAAAGUGGAUUAAAGUCUGGUAUGAUCGACUUACCUUGUUGGCGUUACUUGAUCGAACUGAAGAUGUCAAGGAGAACGUGCUGGCAAUUUUACUCAUUGUCCUGGUCUCUCUUCUUGGGUUUCUGACCUUGAAUCAAGGCUUUUGCAAAGAUAUGUGGGUGCUUCUCUUCUGCCUCGUCAUGGCCAGCUGCCAGUACUCCCUGUUAAAGAGUGUUCAGCCUGAUCCUGCCUCACCGAUUCAUGGACACAACCAAAUCAUAACAUAUAGCAGACCAAUCUAUUUUUGUGUGCUGUGUGGCCUUAUUCUGCUUCUUGAUACCGGGGCCCAAGCCAGGCACCCUCCAAGUUAUGCUGUGUAUGGCCUAAAGCUCUUCUCUCCAGUGUCCCUGCAAUCAGCUAGAGACCACUUAAUAGUGUUUUUAUAUUGCUUCCCGGCAAUUUCCCUUCUUGGGCUCUUCCCGCAAAUCAAUACUUUCUGCACUUACCUUUUGGAGCAAAUUGACAUGCUGUUUUUUGGAGGCUCUGCCGUUUCUGGGAUAAUGUCAGCUGUUUACUGUGUAACCCGGAGCAUCUCAGCAGCUGCCUUACUCCACGCCUUCUGCUUCAGUGCCGUGAAGGAACCCUGGAGUACACAACACAUCCCGGCACUGUUCUCAGCCUUCUGUGGCCUCCUGGUGGCGCUUUCGUAUCACUUGAGCCGGCAGAGCAGUGACCCCUCUGUGCUCCUGUCUUUUAUUCAGUGCAAAUUGUUUCCUAAAUUUUUACAUCAAAAUCUGGAAGAGUCAGCUGCGGACCCACUGCCCAAGAAGAUGAAAGAUUCUGUGAAGGAUACCUUAAAGUCGGAUCUCAUUGUCUGCUCCGUGGCUGCUGUCCUCUCCUUUGCUGUCAGUGCCAGCACGGUCUUCCUGUCUUUACGACCCUUUCUCAGCAUUGUGCUGUUUGCCCUGGCAGGCAGCGUGGGCUUUCUAACUCACUACCUGCUCCCUCAGCUCCGAAAGCAUCAUCCAUGGAUGUGGAUUUCACACCCUAUUCUCAAAAACAAAGAGUAUCAGCAACGGGAAGUGAGAGAUGUCGCCCAUUUAAUGUGGUUUGAAAGACUCUAUGUUUGGCUUCAGUGUUUCGAAAAAUAUGUCUUAUACCCAGCAAUCAUUUUGAAUGCCCUCACUAUCGAUGCAUUUUCAAUAAGCAAUUACCGGAGGCUUGGCACCCACUGGGACAUUUUUCUGAUGAUCAUGGCCGGCAUGAAGUUGUUGCGAACUUCUUUUUGCAACCCUGUUCACCAGUUUGUUAACUUGAGUUUCACAGUAAUCUUUUUCCACUGCGACUACAAAGAUAUCUCGGAGAGUUUCUUACUGGAUUUCUUCAUGGUGUCCAUCUUCUUCAGCAAGCUCGGAGACCUGCUUCACAAGCUACAGUUCAUCAUGACAUACGUGGCUCCUUGGCAGAUGGCAUGGGGUUCUUCAUUCCACGUGUUUGCUCAGCUCUUUGCAAUCCCUCACUCUGCCAUGCUUUUCUUUCAGGCGAUUGCCACAUCAAUCUUUUCUACUCCACUGAGCCCAUUUCUUGGGAGUGUCAUUUUCAUCACAUCGUAUGUCAGGCCAGUGAAAUUCUGGGAGAAAAAUUACAACACAAGACGCAUGGAUAAUUCCAACACAAGAUUGGCGGUUCAAAUUGAAAGGGAUCCAGGGAACGAUGACAACAAUCUCAAUUCCAUCUUUUAUGAGCACUUGACAAGGACACUCCAGGAGUCCCUUUGUGGAGACUUAGUUCUUGGUCGCUGGGGUAAUUACAGCUCUGGCGAUUGCUUUAUUUUGGCUUCAGAUGACCUCAAUGCCUUUGUUCACCUGAUUGAAAUCGGCAACGGUCUUGUCACCUUUCAACUUCGAGGACUGGAAUUCCGAGGCACCUACUGCCAGCAGAGGGAGGUGGAAGCCAUCAUGGAAGGCGAUGAGGAUGACAGAGGCUGCUGCUGCUGUAAGCCAGGUCGCCUGCCCCACCUGCUGUCCUGCAACGCAGCAUUUCACCUCCGCUGGCUCACCUGGGAAAUCAUGCGAACCCAGUACAUCCUGGAAGGCUACAGCAUCAUAGACAACAACGCAGCCACCAUGCUGCAGGUGUUUGACCUCCGAAGGAUCCUCAUCCGGUACUAUGUCAAGAGUAUAAUAUACUAUAUGGUCACAUCCCCAAAACUCCUAUCCUGGAUCAAAAAUGAAUCACUUCUGAAAACCCUGCAGCCUUAUGCUAAGUGGCAUUACAUUGAGCGUGACCUUGCAAUGUUCAACAUUAACAUUGAUGAUGACUAUGUCCCUUGCCUCCAGGGGAUAACACGAGCUAGCUUCUGCAACAUGUAUCUAGAAUGGAUUCAAUACUGUGCACGGAAAAGACAGGAGCCCGCAAAGACCGUGGACAGUGAUGAGGACUCUCCUCUGGUGACCCUGUCUUUCGCACUGUGCAUCCUGGGGAGGAGAGCUCUGGGAACUGCUGCUCACAACAUGGCCCUCAGCCUGGAUUCUUUCCUGUAUGGGCUCCAUGCCCUCUUCAAAGGGGACUUUAGAAUAACAGCACGAGAUGAGUGGGUGUUUGCUGACAUGGACCUGCUACACAAAGUUGUUGCUCCAGCCAUCAGGAUGUCUCUGAAACUUCACCAGGAUCAAUUUACUUGCCCUGAUGAAUAUGAAGACUCAGUGGUCCUCUAUGAGGCCAUCCAGUCUUUUGAGAAGAAAGUGGUGAUCUGCCAUGAGGGCGAUCCAGCCUGGAGGGGCGCAGUGCUGUCCAACCAGGAAGAGCUGCUCACCCUUCGGCAUGUGGUGGAUGAGGGCUCUGAUGAGUACAAGGUCAUCAUGCUGCACAGAAGCUUCUUGAGCUUCAAGGUGAUCAAGGUCAACAAGGAGUGCGUGCGUGGACUGUGGGCUGGGCAGCAACAGGAGCUCAUCUUCUUGCGCAACCGCAACCCGGAGCGUGGCAGCAUCCAGAACAAUAAGCAGGUGCUCCGAAACCUCAUCAAUUCCUCCUGUGACCAGCCCCUGGGCUACCCCAUGUACGUCUCCCCGCUGACCACAUCCUAUCUAGGGACCCACAGGCAGCUGAAGGACGUCUGGGGAGGACCCAUCACCCUGAACAGGAUCAGGACAUGGUUUCGAACCAAGUGGUUGCGGGUGCGGAAGGACUGCAACACUGGCCAGCACAAUCGUGCCAAUAUUGAGGACGUGGAUGGAGGAGGGGCUCCAUCUGUAGGCGGCAGCAUGGCCCUGAGUGCCGACAGCCAGGCCAGCAGUGCAGAGCAACCUAGGAAACGUGGCUCCCAGCACUGGGCCUCCCCCCGGGAAGGGACCCGGAGGGCAGGUAGGAGAAAAGGCAGGAGCCAGUCUGUCCAGGCGCAUUCAGCGUUAAGCCAACGGCCACCCACCCUGAGCUCCUCUGGCCCUAUCUUGGAGAGCUGCCAGGUCUUUCUCCCAGCGUCCUCAUCGGUGCAUGAGUUGGCCCAGAGGCUCUCAGGCAGCCGGCUCUCGCUGCACAACUCGGCUGCAUCCCUGCACUCUCAGCCCCCGCCUGUCACCACCACGGGCCACCUGAGCGUCCGUGAGCGGGCCGAGGCACUCAUCAGGUCUAGCCUGGGCUCCUCCACCAGCUCCACCCUCAGUUUUCUCUUCGGCAAAAGGAGCUUUUCCAGCGCGCUUGUUAUCUCUGGACUGUCUGCCGCUGAAGGCGGCAACACUAGUGACACCCAGUCCUCCAGCAGUGUCAACAUCGUGAUGGGCCCCUCGGCCAGGGCUGCCAGCCAGGCCACCCGGCACUACUCCGAGCCAUGUGAACCCACUGAUAGCAUGGAGCAGGAGCAGUAUUGUGACCAGCGUCUGGUUGAAGCAAUGGCAGACAGCCGCGGGAUGACCUGCAGAAGAGCAAGCCAGGAGGACAUGGGCCUGGAUGACACGGCCUCCCAGCAAAGUGCUUCUGAUGAGCAGUAGCAGAUCCUGCAUCUACUCAGGGCACAGACUUCCCAGUGGC